AUGGGUUCUGCACCAAAAUUGAUCAUUACUGAUCAGGAUUUGGGAAUGAAGGUUGUUGUGGAAAGAGUCCUUGUUGAUACAAGACAUCGAUGGUGCAUGUGGCACAUCAUGUUUAAAGUUGUGGAAAAGUUACCAAAGAGUCAACUUGGCAAUGAAGAUUUGAAAAAGGAGUUAAAUAGUUGUGUUUGGUCUGAGUUGAUAGAGCCUGAAGAAUUUGAAGAAUCUUGGAAUAAUGUAAUGGAAAAAUAUGGGCUUAAUGACAAUGAGUGGUUUACCUCUAUGUUUGACUCACGAAAAUAUUGGGUUCCUGCAUAUUUUAGGGAUUUUCCAAUGAGUUCACUGAUAAAGACCACAUCUAUAUCUGAAUCUCAGAACAUAUUCUUCAAGAGGUACUCCAAGUCUCGAUCUAAUCUUGUUGAAUUUCUUAUGUAUUACAACAAUGCAUUGGAUGGUCAAAGGAGCAACAGCAAUAGGCUUGAAUACUUGGAUUUUAACACAAUUCCAACUUUGAAAACAAAUUCGGCUCUUGAGAAGCAUGCAUCAACAAUUUACAGUGACAGUGGUUUCAAACUAAUUCAGAGUGAGAUUGAGGAAGCAGUCGAUAAUGUCACCAUGGUGACAGUGUCAACCGUUGGUGAGAAUGAGAUUUAUGUGUUGAAUGAUAAGUUCUCAAAGAACUGGACAGUUUCAUACUCAAUUUCUUGUGAUUCAUAUGCAUGUGGUUGUAAGAUGUUUGAGAGGCUUGGGCUCGUUUGCAGUCACAUAUUUUGGAUCUUGAGAAACAAAAAAUUGAAGUUAGUCCCUAAUGAGUUACAUGGAGGACGCUGGUUGAAAUCUAAAUUUGUCAAGCCUGUGCAUUUUGGUUUUGAUGAUAAUAUUGAGUCAUUUAUUGCUGUGGAUGAGACGAAGCAGGAAUACAGGGAUAUGCAUGCAGAUUUUUAUGAUAUCGCACGGCUUAUAGAGGGAGAUGGUGAUAAAAUUCGUGCAUUUAGACAUAUUAUGGCUGAAGGGAAAAAAGAAGUACUUGGUGAGGGAAAUGUAUUGUCUAUAAGUGAAAAGAGACAGAUGAUUGAGAAUUUUUAUGGCUCAGAAGUCCCUAGUGAAAUAGAAGUUCAUCCACCUGAUGUUGUCAGCACCAAGGGUUCUGGUCGACGUCUUUCACGCCUUGAGAAAGAAAUAAGAGAGUUGUCGAAGCCUGGAAGGAAAUGUGGAAAAUGUGGCGAGAUUGGUCAGCAUGAUUCAAGGAAUUGUGACAAGAUACAGGAGUUGAAGAAGAAGAAAAAGAGGAAACAACAAUGUUGA